CACUGCGGAGGCCACCCAAGACGGCGCGCGGGUCCUGCGGAGGGGGGGCGGGGCCACGCGGCCCGGAAGAGACGCUGCGCCGCGCAUGCCCCUUCCUUUCCAGCCUCCGUCUCGGACCCUGCAGCCGCCGCGAUGUUGAUGCCCAAGAAGAACCGGAUUGCCAUCUAUGAACUCCUUUUUAAGGAAGGAGUGAUGGUUGCCAAGAAGGAUGUUCACAUGCCCAAACACCCCGAGCUGGCCGACAAGAACGUGCCCAACCUUCAUGUAAUGAAGGCCAUGCAGUCUCUCAAGUCUCGAGGCUAUGUGAAGGAGCAGUUUGCCUGGAGACACUUCUAUUGGUACCUUACGAACGAGGGCAUCCAGUAUCUCCGUGAUUACCUCCACCUACCUCCGGAGAUCGUGCCUGCCACCCUGCGCCGCAGCCGCCCUGAAACUGGCAGACCUCGGCCCAAAGGUCCAGAGGGUGAGCGACCCGCAAGGUUCACCAGAGGGGAGGCAGACAGAGACACCUACAGGAGGAGUGCUGUGCCCCCUGGUGCCGACAAGAAAGCUGAGGCUGGGGCUGGCUCAGCCACCGAAUUCCAGUUUGUGAGUAUUUCCUUGUUUACUUUCCAUAGUCCCUGUAGUGUCCUUGCCUAGUGGGUUAGUGGGUGC